CUAAUAUUAACGCUGCACCUAUUUUUGGUUUGCUUUAUACUCUUGAUCUUUUUUUUAUUUUAUUUUUUACAUCUUGCAACUAUAAUUGAAGAUUUCCUAAGCUCCUAGUCUAGACCAAAAGACUUCCUUUUGAAUUUGUCGGUCAAACUUCGCUACCGCGUCCACGUCACCCCCCCAAGACUACUACCCCGCCAAAAUUUAAGGCCGAUUAUUUACGAGGCAGGGGUUGUUACUUUUUUUUCUCGGUCUACGAAAUCGACUGGGGACGACAAGGACGACUAAAAAAAAACGUACAAUCGUUCAACUACCUUUACCUUAUCUACGACCCCCUGAAUAUUUACCUAACUACCUACCUGAACUCAUUACUUCACGAACGGACAUACAUACAUACAGCAUCCUGUCUAUCUGCAUUUAACGUCCCAUCAGAUUACAACCGGCAUAAACUUUAUUUACCCAGGUUUUGCAUUUGAAUCCUUCGCGACAAGACUCAAAAAAAAAACUAAAAAAAAAAUAAAAAACACACAAAGGACCGCCCGUCAUGGUCGUCGACACCGCGUACUACGACACGCUCGGCGUGCAGCCGACGGCGACGGAGCUCGAGAUCAAAAAGGCGUACCGCAAGCUCGCCAUCGUGCACCACCCGGACAAGAACCCCAACGACCCCAAGGCGCACGAGAAGUUCCAGGAGAUUGGCGAGGCGUACCAGGUGCUGUCGGACCAGGACCUGCGCAAGGCAUAUGACAAGUAUGGCAAGGACCACGCCAAGCCGACCGAGGGCUUCGCCGACCCGGCCGAGUUCUUCACCAGCAUCUUUGGCGGCGACGCCUUUGUCGACUGGAUCGGUGAGAUCAGCCUCAUGAAGGACCUGACCGCCACCAUGGACAUCACCCUCAGCGCCGAGGAGCAGGAGGCCGAGGAAGCUGCUGCCGCCGCCGCCGCUGCGGGUGGUGCUGGUGCUGCUGGUACUACGGAUGCAGAGUUCCCCGGUACGGAGGAGGCGAUGAAGGAGAGCAUGAAGACGGGCGGGACGACUGGUGCUGCCCCCGCUGCAGACCACACCACCGGUGCGCCGGCACCGCCACCGCCGACGGUAGUAGUCGAGGAGGAAAAGACGAGUGCAGCAGCACCUGCAGCGGCCGGGGCCCCACCUAGCCCGUCGCCGACACCAUCUCGCACAUCAACACCUGGGCCGUCGGGCCGGUCGACACCCGGAAAGCACGCGAUUCCUCUGCGGCCGGCGCUGAUGGAUCGGCCGUCAGACUCGUCUGACGGGGCGCUGGGGGCGACGGAGGAGGAGAAGAACCUGCGGGCCAAGGGCAAGAAGGCGAGCCUGAGCAAGGAACAGCGGGAGCAGCUUGCGGCAUACGAGCGGGAGCGGGCGCGGAUCCGACAGGAGAGGGUGGACACGCUGGCGCAGAAGCUCAUCGACCGCAUCAGCAUCUGGACCGAAACUGACAAAGGGCCGGACGUGACGGCGGCGUUCAAGGAGAAGACGCGGCUCGAGGUGGAGAACCUCAAGAUGGAGUCGUUUGGCCUCGACAUCCUGCACGCCAUCGGGCAGACGUAUGUGGCCAAGGCCACGAGCCUGCUGCGGAGCCAGAAGCUGUUUGGCAUCAGCGGCUUCUUCAGCCGGAUCAAGGACAAGGGCACCAUCGUAAAGGAGACGUGGAACACCAUCAGCUCGGCCAUCGACGCGCAGCAGAGCAUGGAGGAGAUGGCGCGCGCCGAGGAGAAGGGCGGCGAGGACUGGACCGACGAGAAGAAGAUGGAGUACGAGAGGCGGGUCACGGGCAAGAUCCUGACGGCCGCCUGGAGGGGGAGCAAGUUUGAGAUCCAGAGCGUGCUCCGCGAGGUGUGCGACGCCGUCCUCAACGACAAGAAGGUGCCACUGUCUAAGAGGCUGGAGAGGGCUCAGGCGUUGGUGAUUGUCGGCGAGAUUUGCGCAAAGGCUGCACGAACCCCCGAAGAAGAGGGCGACUACAUGGCCUUUGAGCAGCUCGUCGCCGAGGCGGCCAUGAAGAAGGACAAGAAAGAAAAGGAAAAGGACAAGAAGGACGACAAAGCCCCGGGCAAGAAGGAUGACAAGUCGGCGGCCGCAGAGACCGCGGCGAACGCUCCCAAUGUUCCCGAGGCCGGCAAGUCGUAAAAAAAAAAAUCACAAACUUUUGCGAGGCAGCAGGGCUGUCAUUUGGGGGUACAGUAGACUUUGGGGAAGGGAGGAGGUCAAAUAACCUGUAAUACGAGGCGUGUAUCUUGCGAGGCUUUGGUUUUUUUCGGCCUUUUUUUUUUUCUUCUUUUUCUUCUUCUUUUGCAAUGGGGCUUUUUUUUCGUUCAUAUUGCGCCCUAGAUUAGUAUUCUUCUUUUUUAUUAUGGCUGUUUUCUCGGCACAUUCAUCAUCCCCUUCAAUACCACUGCAUAGAUGUUAUAGAUUCGGAAAGGCUUGCAGGUAUCCCAGUUGCAUCCAACCGGGAAAUAACCAGCUCGUG